AAUGAGCGUCGUUGCUCCCAAACCCUUAUCUCCACUCAAACCCUGUUUACCUAUCCCUCGUCCACUACCCAAUCUGCCUUGUAAGCUCCGUCGUGGCUUCGUUAGGGCUUCCUCCUCUUUUCUUGUUGAUGAUUCAGUUUCGGGUCUCGAGCGCUGCUUACAAUUGCCUACCGGAGUUGAGUUACGCCCUUCUUCCUCUGGUUCCUUCUCUGCUAGUACUCAGAUGUGUCUUAUGAUGAAAGGCAAUUUUGGUUCCGUAGGAGCUGUUACUUUGGAAAAGGGGAAGCUUGAUAUGACCCUGAAGAUAUCUGAGACCAGCCCUGAGGAUUAUGAACGUUCAAUUAGGGGAAAAUUCAAGACAGGCAUGGCUAGGUGUGGAGGCAGACCCAUUGGCGCAGUCAGAUGAUCUGCUGGCAAAGGCAUACAACCGACCCUCAGAGGAAGCAGUAGCAAAGCCAUCUUCAAGAUGGUUUAUCUCAAAGAAUGCAAUUGUCUCAGGGCUACUUGGGAAGAAGCAAGAGGACUCAGUUUCAGAUCCUGCACCUCCAAAGGCUAGACAAAAAAGGAUUGUGAGGAAGAAGGUGGCUGCAUCUGCCUCUUAAAUAACCAACAAAACCUCUAAAAUGUCACAAUUUUCAGAGUCCAUGAAAGAGCAACAGUGAGGUUAUGUUGUUCAUUUGAGGCACACAUGAAAAAGUUUUGUUGCCAGAGGAAGAAUGAAUCACCAAACUGGGGGAAUUGGAAAUGAUCUAUAGCCUUUUUUUCUUUAUGACUGAAUCUCAAGUUUUAAGUUCUUUUGGAAAGACAGUUCUAUUUUUAGGUAUGGUGAUGAUUGCCAUUCUGUAUUUUCACCUUUUUUUCCUUACUUUUCUCAAGUGUUUCUAAUAAAAUUAGCCACAUAUUUUAUGUUGUUA